UUGACAUCUACAUCUGCAGACUCCAGAGAUCCAGACGGUGACUCCGAAAUGGCCUCCUCAGCCGACUCGGUCUCCGAUUAUCCCGGAAAUGGUGCGCGCACUCCAACUCGCAACCCUCAGACAUCCACUGCCCUCGCCUCAGAGCUCUCCCCACCCGGCUCGCAACCCCAGCACACCACCGAUAUCCCAAAUAUGACCGAGUCGACCAGUACCAACCCCGCUACGGGGCAAGCUUCAGCGAAAGCAGCAGAUCCACCCAUCGCUUCAUGGAAGAGCAAACGAUCUCAAGAGGAAUACAAUCGAGCAAUGGAGAAUGUGAUCGAUAAAGACUUCAAUUUGAACGAAUUUGGCGAUCCAUUUGAUGAGAGAGAUAUGAAGGAGCCUUUGCUUUGA